AUGGGAGUAUACACGUUCGUGUGCAAAAGUGGCGGCGGAGAAUGGACCGCUAAGCAACACGAAGGAGACCUUGAGGCCUCUGCUUCUUCUACCUUCGAGCUCAACCGCAAGCUCGUCCAGGUCGCUCUCUCCGCCGGAGGAUCCGGCGGCGUUCAGUCCUCAUUUUCCCUCAUCUCCCCUACCUCCGGCGUUUGCCAGGUGAUCAUCGGUGGUGGUGGCGGUGGAGGAUUCGCUGCUGGAGGAGCUGCGUCUGGUGGUGGUGGUGCGGGUGAAGCUGCAGCUGCCCCUAAGGAAGAUGAGAAGAAGAAGGAAGAAUCUGAAGAGGAAGAGGGAGACUUCGGAUUCGAUCUCUUUGGUUAA